AUGGCAGAACAACGUUGUUUGCCUAAGGAUGUCGUUCGUUCAUUGGCUCAGGCGAAGGCUGACCUUGGAUUGGCUCUCCACGCUUCAUUUUCUAUUGAUUGGCUCCUUGGGAAGGGCAUAUCUGGACCGCUAGUUUUAUCCAUAUUCACAACAUGUUUUGGCUCAUCAUUCCUCUUGGGCUACAAUCUUGGCGUUGCAAAUCUCCCUGGAGGUAAUAUCAAGAACUUUUUGGUUAACUACUAUAAACCGGCUAACACAUCAAUUUUGGAUGCCAACUUCCUCUACGGACAGACAACUUCUGUACUGGUCAUCUGCGCCGCCAUUGCAGCCUUUACUUGCGGUUGGGUUGCUGACGGUCUGGGAAGGAAACGUAGUCUGAUGGUGAACAAUGUGAUUGGCAUUGUUGGGUCAAUAAUCUCUUCUGUGUGUCUGGUGGCGAACCAGCCUGCUCUACUGUACGUGGGACGGGCGAUCAGUGGUUUGAACAGCGGUCUAAGUAUUGGCAUCGCAGCAAUGUUUCUCACAGAGAUCGCGCCGCGCCAUCUGCGAGGAAUGAUUGGCGCCUGCAAUCAAUUGGCCAUUACCAUUGGCAUUGUCACCUCUUACGUGCUUACUCUCACCCACCUUUUGAACACACCCACCCUCUGGCCAGUCGCUAUGGGCGUUGGUGCCAUUCCUGCUGCAAUCGCUCUCAUUAUCUCCUCCUUCACCGUCGAGUCGCCUCGCUGGCUAUAUCUCAAGAAGAAGGACGAGGAGGCUGCUCGAGAGGCCUUCGUUCGCAUCAAUGGCUCUGAGAAUGUAGACAUGUUCAUCGCUGAGAUGCGCGAAGAGCUAGAAGUGGCUCAGAACCAACCAGAGUUCAAGUUUAUUGAACUCUUCCGUCGCAGAGAUCUGCGUAUGCCUGUCAUCAUAGCGGUUCUCAUUCAGGUCAUUCAACAACUCUCGGGGAUUAAUGCUGUGGUUGCGAAUUCCUCGGAGAUGUUGAAAAGCGCCAAGGUAUCGCCAGAUAUGCUGGAGUACUUUGUGGUAGGCCUAGGCCUGCUUAACGUCAUCUGUACAAUCGUGGCGCUACCGUUGUUGGAAAAGGCGGGUCGGCGCACUCUUUUGCUGUGGCCCACUCUUGUGCUGGCAAUAACACUGCUACUUCUGGUGAUUUUCGUGAAUGUCGCUAAUCAUGAAGGCGUUGUCAAUAAGACGCCCUUUAUUCUCGUUUCUGCCGUCCUCGUCUUCGUUUAUGUCGCCGCCUUUGCAAUGGGUCUCGGGCCAAUGCCUGCACUCAUCGUUGCGGAGAUCUUCCGUCAGGGUCCCCGCGCCGCUGCUUACUCCCUCAGUCAGAGCAUCCAGUGGGCCUGUAAUCUCAUCGUUGUAGCUUCCUUCCCUUCGCUUAACGAGCUAUUGAAAGGCUACGUUUAUCUACCAUAUCUGAUUGUGGUGGUGGUCUGCUGGGUGGUGUUCUUCCUCUUCAUGCCGGAGACAAAGAAUCGAACCUUUGAUGAGGUAGCACGUGAUCUAGCCUUCGGGAGCAUCGUGGUGGGCAAGCGCACCGCGGCUCUACAGGCUCCCGUCUUCACCAAGGAAGAUGAGGAGGCCGCCACUGCCCUCCGCCGCACCGACGAUGAUGAAUCAAAGGUCGAUGCCUAG